AUGGCGCCGUCCAACGUCACCACCACCACCACUGCGGUGCAGCAGAACGCUACAGGCAAAAUCAAGCGCCCUGUACCUCCUGGCAUCCAGACAAACGGAGCUGCAUCGUCCACAUCAUCGCCUUCCCCAUCCAUGUCCAAUAUCAAGCCACCUGGCGCGAAGCCGGCGCCGAGCUCGGCCAGCGAUCGGGCCAUCACUGCCUCGACUGUGCGGCCCAAUAACCGAGCCCGUCGCGAUACUCUAAAUCUGUCGUCAGGGCGAAGUUCGAGAAACAGCGCAGGCUUACGAUCGGUGUUUUUCGCCAUGGACGAGGCGGCUCAUAACGAGCCCCGACCUGCAGUUGUGACCGAUAAAUAUAUUUUAAAGAAGUUUGCCGGGCGACCCCCAUCUUUAGUUGUUCAUUUGCACCCGAACCAUUUCCGCUUCGAUGGCCAAGAUGGCAUGUUCCAGUAUAAGUCGCCCAUGAGAAUAUUUCUUGAGCAUACGAAGAAUCGCACAAUACCCCACGAUCUCCUUCCGUACUUUAUUCAAGGCAAUGUGCCCUUCUAUGAAGGAUGCCUCAUUGUACAGAUCUAUGAUCACAAAUCAGUAGCCCAGACGAAGGACGUUAAGCGACCCUCGUCGGCUUCCAAUGCCGUCGUGCAAUCAUCUAUACACAACUACAACCAAUGGCUGACGCCUUCACCCUAUGUGCCAUAUCCUAAAGAGGAACUGAAUCCAAAUGAAACGAAUGGAAAGCUAAAAGAAGACGACUCCAAGGACGCAGCGGACAGUGAUGAGAAGGAUGCUGAAAAUGAAUCCUCCAGUGUGCCUGCGGAUGCCUCAACUAAUAAAGCUGCCCCAAAGCCGAAAAUAUUCACCGUUGUUCUUCAUCCAACGCCCGAGAGUCUACGAAUGGAUCUUUAUAUCAAGGCGACGACGCCGCGAGGAGCAGGAGAGGGACGAGACAGCUCUGCGAUGGCUCCUCCAUCAACGCCAGCGACAGCGGUACCACCCACCCCAACCACAUCUACCAUGCAGCCACCUGCGAAGAAGAAUAAGCGAGAAAAGAGCGAAAUAGAUGGCAGUAACAUAUAUGCUGUUGAAGGACAGAUAUUACUCGCGACCGCCGCCCCUCUUUACCUUGAGCCAACCAAGAGCAUUGAGGAAACCAUUGAGUUAUUAGAGAAAAUGUCCCAUCCCAGCCACAGCAAACCCCCUCCUCAACCAAAAGCUCGCAAGCGGACAGUGGCGGAGAUGGCUGCAGACGAGGCAGCGGCAGCAGAAUUGGAGCGCUACAUGCUGGUUUUGGACGAUCGGUUGGCAUCAAAUGCCACGGGCGCUCAAGGUGGCGGUGGGACAGAUGGAGAUGCUGCAACUGGUGCUGCUGCAUUCGAACCUAGAUUUGAGCGGUUCAACAUCAUAGAAGACAUCAAGCGGGAGCAUGCCGAGAAGAGGGAGCAGGAGAAACUUAAGCAGCAAGAGAAUGACCGGAAGCUACAGUUGCAGAGACAGCAACAAGCUGCUGCAGAAGCUGCUCAGCGACAAGCAGACAUGGAGAGGGUCAGGCGUGAACAGACUGCGGCGAGAGAAAACCAACUGCGUCAACAAGCUGAAGCGCAGCGGCAAGCGUUGGCCGCUAGAGCCGCGGCGUCAACUCCUGUUGCUCAGGCUAAUAACAACCAACAGCAAAUGAACCAGGCGCAGCACGCUCAUCCUAUUCAGAAUGCGGUGGUGCCUAACGCCAUGCCAAAUGCUGUGUCGACCGGUCCGCAGAAUACGAUGCCAAAUGGCAUAUCUGGACCAGCCCAGGCACGGUUCCAAGCAACAAUAUCCCAAGCCCCAGUAUCUUCUCCAAUUGUCCGGCAGAAUACACCCCAAAAUAUGUCGUCGCCAAUGGUCACAAGUGUUCCUAUGCAGCAAACCAAUUCCAGCAUGGCGGCAAGCCCUCCUCGACCAGCCUCGGUUGUGCAAAACCCACAGAUGUCAGUCCCUAUGGCACAUACAAUGUCCUCUAGAAACAGCCAGCAGAGUCAUCCGUCCGGCACACCGCGCAUUGCGCAGACGACGCCGAAUAUGUCUCAUGCUACUCCACUUAAUCGACCUGCAAUGGUUGCAACUCCUCGCAUGACCCAAACGAGUCCUCCUCCUAACAUGAUGGCUCAAAACUCCCAAAUGGGCCAGCCCAUGAUGAUUAACAAUCCAGGCAUGGCUCAAGCCAACCCUCAAAUGAUUGCCCAACUCACUGCUCAACAGCGAGCUAUGCUGCAACAGCAGCAGCAGCAACAUCAGCAGCAGCAGAUGGCGGCCGCUCUCCAGAAUAGCAAUUUUAAUAACAUGAACAUUGCUGGACAAGGCCAACCCAUGUCUCAACAGCAAGCGCAGAUGAUGCAAAUGAUGCAACGUCAAAUGAUGGCGGCGCAGCAACAGCAGCAGCAGCAGCAGCAGCAGCAGCAGUCCCAGCAUGGGCCUCAACAGCCUCAGCAACAGCAGCAACAUCCGCACCCCCAGCAGAAUAACAUGGGUAACCCACAGCAGCAGCAGCAGCAGUGGGCGGCGCAAUAUGCUCAGCAGUUACAAAAUAUGCAAAAUGUUCAGAUGCGCCAAAUGGCUCCAGGGAUGCAAGCUCAGAUACAACGGAUGGCUCAGAUGGGCCGGUUAAGUGGGCAGAUGGGCAACAUGAUGCAAGCUAAUGGCCAGAUGAUGAAUGGUAACAACGUGAAUGCCGCCAACAUGCAAGCGUUGAUGGCCAUGCAGAUGCAGCAGCAGCAACAACAGCAACAGCAACAGCAACAGCAACAGCAAGCACAAGCUCAGGCCCAGGCUCAAGCCCAAGCACAGGCACAAGCCCAAGCACAGGCACAGGCACAAGCUCAGGCUCAGGCACAGGCUCAAGCACAGGCACAGGCUCAGGCACAGGCUCAAGCUCAAGCUCAAGCUCAGGCACAGGCUCAGGCUCAGGCACAGGCACAGGCUCAGGCACAGCAGCAGCAGCAGCAGCACCAAGGACAAACUCCUCAGCAAGUACAGCAGGCUGCCGUCCAAGUUCAGAUGCAAAACCAGGCGCGCGUCAUUUACAACCGCCUCAUGGCUGGGGCAGCUUCCAAGUUUGGCGGAGCAGAAAAUGUUCCACAAGAGACGGUUGAUAAGAUUAAGCAGUCCUCUUUCGCCCAAGCUUCACAAAUGGUCAGAGAACUAUAUCAACGGAGAGCGCAGCAACAGCAGAUGAUGCUUCAGCAACAACAACAGCAGCAGCAGCAGGCAGCGAUGCAAGGCAUGGGUGGGAUGAUGGGACACCAAGGAAUGUAG